UGCAAAAAGCAGAGACCUAGUCCUGCAGCCACCAAACCGGAUCCCCUCAACGCCCUGACUGCGCCUAGAAAUUCUGUCCAUAAAAGUUAUGAACAGAAUCGGUGACAAAGGGCAGCCUUGGUGGAGUCCAACCCUCACUGGAAACGUGUCCGACUUACUGCCGGCAAUGCGGACCAAGCUCUGACACUGAUCAUACAGGGAGCGGACCGCCACAAUCAGACAGUCCGAUACCCCAUACUCUCUGAGCACUCCCCACAGGACUUCCCGGGGGACACAGUCAAAUGCCUUCUCCAAGUCCACAAAGCACAUGUAGACUGGUUGGGCAAACUCCCAUGCACCCUCAAGGACCCUGCCGAGAGUAUAGAGCAGGUCCACAGUUCCACGACCAGGACGAAAACCACACUGUUCCUCCUGAAUCCGAGGUUUGACUAUCCGGCGUAGCCUCCUCUCCAGUACACCUGAUUAGAUCUUACCGGGAAGGCUGAAACCCAUUACAUUUCAACCAGUGUGGGUGGCACUGGGAGCAGGUGGGUAAAGUGACGAGGAUGGCGGAAGCGGGGAUCGAACCUGGAACCCUCAAGUUGCUGGCACGGCCGCUCUACCAACCGAGCCCCACAGUUUUCUUGGAGAUGACUCGAAACCAGUCUCCGAUCAUGCUGAGAACGGCGGCGAAAUAGGCCAGGCCCACCAGGAUCCAGAACCACACCACAGGCUUGUAGUACUUCAGGUAUUCUGGACUCUCUGACCCACCUGCGGAAUCACAGCACAGACCAGACAAGACAGGGUUACGGGCCUCGAAUGUUGACACGAGCAAAGGAAGUCGACGAGUGGAAAGUGCGCAAAGGCUCGUUUUCGUCAACAAAAAUGCAGAGGAGCGAUCGUCAAAGAUGUUCUAUUUCACAGAGGAGACAACAGUCCUAGUUGGUCUAUCAGGUACCGAAAGAGGAGAGGAAGCGUUGAAGCGGGCUUACCGAUGGUAGUGAUGACGGUCCCCGCGAAGAAAAAAGACGAGCUGAGGUCCCACAGGCUCGUCUGGUUGUUGGAGUUUCCCGAGGGGUUCACACCUGCUCGAACGGCCGAAACCACUUGCUGGAGCCAGGAGAAGCAGAACAACAAAAGAUGUAGCGGGAAGAUUGGCAGAGUGCGCCAUUUCUCAGCAGGUGGUUAAGUCCGUAGAACAAGUCCGAGCCUACCUUGACCAGAUCCUCCAGCUCAGAGGAGUUGACGCAGGCGUGCACGGCCAGGAACUCCAUCUUCUCCACCAGGAUGGCCAGUUUCUGCGAGCUCUCGUAAGGCUGCUCCAGCGUCCGAAACACAGUGGCGCCGACGAUGAGGAGUUGCUGAUGAUUUUCACCUCCUUCCGAGGGACGUGGGCGCGCUCCGCGUGGCUCCAGCGUGUCUUCUCCAGCCGUGGGGAGGAAAAUCCCGCCAGGACAUGGCGUUCCACACCUGCCAGACACGCCGCGGUGGUGCGCGAAGGCGGCAAAUGUCAUCCGUGAAAAUCCGCACAGGAGGAGACGGAGAGAGAGAGGAGCAACUUCUUUUUUAAAGAUUCGAGAAAAUAUUCUGCUAGCAAAAAACCGUAAGUUGGUACACAAUCUAGUGAGAUCCAACACAAGAAAUCUAUCAAAAACUACGUUUGCCCCACUUGAAAAUACAGGCACAGUGAGAAGAGUGAGAAAAAACCACACUGCUUGAACGCACCAUUCGGUAUCGCGCGACAUGCUCGCUAACAGCAACAACGGCGAGCGACUUACUGACAAAGUGUUUACUCUUACUCACUCAAAUGAGACUGAGGGCAGCUAAAAAAAAAAAAAAGCAAAGUGGAGACUGUGGCGCGUAAUGCUGCUCAGUGUACAUUCUCGACCUUUUGAAAGGUACGGCGACAGAUAGGUUGUUGUGUGUGCACUGAGUUCCAAAAGCCAUAGAUGCUAUGUGACUGGGCCGGCACGCUGUUUAUAUGGAGGAAAAGCGGACGUGACUGAGGACAGCAUCCGGACGUGACUGAGGACAGCAUGCGGACGUGACUGAGGACAGAAUGCGGCAGUUAAAGGGUGAAGGUUUCAGGAGAUCCACGGCGGGGCCGUUUCGUACAAAGACCAGCUGCUCUUCUGAUUUCAUUACCGGUCAGUCGCCUCCUGUUCUGCUCUUGUUCCAAAAUGCUAAGAAAAUGCAGGAAAAAAGUCCCCGCGGAGGGAGGCAACACCUCAACAUCUUGAGCCAACUCCGGAACUAACAGUCACAUCUCCACGUCGAGUGCAAGCACAGACCAAGAGUCGCAACCAUGAAUCAUGAAGCUGUGGAAGGGGCGUGGUCCAUGCGUUCCCUGCGGGCAGGGUGUGUGCAGCGUUGGAAACCAUGAGGGGGCAGAUGGUGAAAGGAGAGAGACGAGACGAGACGAGACGAGGGGGAAGAAAAAGCGAGAGACAAUUGCUGAAAAGCACCAACAGAACCGAAAAUAAAGACUGUUUGUAAACCUGUACUCGAGGGGUGCGGCAGUGAUCCUUGGUCCUAGAAGAACCCACACGAAGACGUUCACAGAAGCAUUUAAUAAAAGGUGAGGGGAGCAGUGAGCAGCAGCGGUAGCCGCGCUCGGGAAUCAUUUUUGGUGAUUUAACCCCAAAUACCAACCCUUGAUGCUGAGGUAAUGGGUCCCAUUUUUAUCAUCUUUGGUAUGAACUCACGACCUACCCAUCUCAAGGCGGACGCUCUAACCACAAGGCCACUGAGCAGUUUCACAAAUUCCUCAGUAAACUCUCCAAGACGUCACUGUGGAGUUACUGAGUCUGUUUAGCUGAUUGAUGAGCUCGCUUCCACAGCUAGUGGGUCCAUGACCAUGACUUCUGUUUUUACAGACACCAUUUGGAGACAAAUAAGGUGGAUUAUGGGACUAAGAUGUCUAGCGAAAGUAAAGCGAGGCAACACACACACACACACCCACACACACACACACACACACACACACACACAGAGAGGGCGAGUGAUACACAGAAGAAAAGAGACGUGUACCAUGGAGACAACCCCUCACCCAAAGGCAGGCCAGCGUUGGGGUUGGAGAUCGUCUGCCACUGAGGCCGAGUCAGCAGAGCCUCACCUGCAGAAGCCCGUCGCCAAGAGGACGGGGGAGCACUAACCAGCAUCCAUGACCAACCCUAACCUUCCCCUGUGGGGGCGGUGCUCGGCGCUCUGUGCCCUCACCGUGCUCCUGUCUGCGGCCGGAGCCGACCAGCUCAACGCCACCGCUCCGCGCAAUGGCGGGGGCGCCCAGUGUGGCGAGUACACCAACCAGGUCAUGGAGGACGGCAUGUGUCGCCUGGUCGCCACGCUGCCUCAGCUGGACGAGCAGCGGUGCCCUGACAUGUUCCGCUGCACGGACGAGGUGUCCUACUGGCUGCACGAGAACGAGGAGAGGAAGCAGCAGAUCGUGGCCUUGAAGGAGACCAUCUCGGAGCUGCAGGAGGAGCUGAGGAACCACCGUCAUCGCAUCAAGGUCUUCGAGCUGCAGCAUGAGGACAACGGCCACUUGAACACCACCUUGGAGCGACGCUUUCACGACCUGGAGGUGCACUACGCCGAGGCCACCGCCUUGAUGCAUCUGCAGGGCACCCUCAUCCUCAACCUGCAGAACCAAGUUCACAAUCUCACCCUGUUGGUGGAGAGAGUCAAAAGGAGUCCCGGCUGUUUGAUCAACAUCGUCCGUCCCAACCCUCUAAUGAGCUCCCAGGAGGCCUUGCACCCAGAAAUCCAGCACAUGAGGAGCUGUCCCAUAGACUGUGCGUCCAUCCACCACAAUGGGGUGAGGAGGUCAGGCCUCUACACUGUCGUGCCGUCGCUUGCAGGCAUGCCUGUGGAGGUCUACUGUGACAUGGACACAGAUGGUGGCGGUUGGACGGUGAUCCAGCGGCGGGUUGACGGCUCUGUGAGCUUCGACCGCAGCUGGAGGGAGUACAGGGACGGUUUCGGCGACCUGCACUCCGAGUUCUGGCUGGGUAACGACCACAUCCACGACCUGAGCACCCAGGCGGACUACAGCCUGCGCAUAGACCUGGAGGACUGGAGCAACAAGCACAAGCACGCGCUCUAUCAGAGCUUCAGCGUGGAAGAUGAGGAGCACCAGUAUCGUCUCCACGUGUCUGGCUUCAGCGGCACCGCGCAGGACUCUUUCGGGUGGUACCACGACAAGCAGAGCUUCAGCACACCUGACAGCGGUGACAUCUGUGCGGAGAUCUCCCAUGGCGGAUGGUGGUAUAGUCAGUGUUUCUAUGCACAUCUUAACGGAGUCUACUACAGGGGAGGACAUUACACACCUAAAGGCCGAGGUCACCUGGGUCCUGAUGGGAUAGUCUGGCACUCAUGGAGGGACUCCGACUAUUACUCCCUACGCAAAGUCAGCAUGAUGAUCCGACCGCGCACCUUUCGGAGCCAUUUGUCUCCCUGAGUCACCGUCGCCGUGGCAACUGUUGACGUGAACAGGCGAACAGGUGGGUGCCAUGAUUGGGUAUAAAAGCAGCUUCCAUGAAAUGCUCAGUCAUUCCCAAACAAGGAUGGGGCGAGGGUCACCACUUUGUCAACAAAUGCCUGAGCAAAUUGUUUAAGAACAACAUUUCUCAACCAGCUAUUGCAAGGAAUUGAAAGAUUUCACCAUCCACGCUCCGUAACAUCAUCAAAAGGUUCAGAGAAUCUGGAGAAAUCACUGCACGUAAGUGAUGAUAUUACGGACCUUCGAUCCCUCAGGCGGUACUGCAUCAAAAAGAGACAUCAGUGUGUAAAGGAUAUCACCACAUGGGCUCAGGAACACUUCAGAAACCCACUGUCAGUAAGUACAGUUGGUCGCUACAUCUGUAAGUGCAAGUUAAAACUCUACUAUUAAAAGCCAAAGCCAUUUAUCAACAACACCCAGAAACGCAGCCAGCUCCGCUGGGCCUGAGCUCAUCUAAGAUGGACUGAUGCAAAGUGGAAAAGUGUUCUGUGGUCUGACGAGUCCACAUUUCAAAUUGUUUUUGGAAACUGUGGACGUCGUGUCCUCCGGACCAAAGAGGAAAAGAACCAUCCGGAUUGUGAGAGGCGCAAAGUGUAAAAGCCAGCAUGUGUGAUGGUAUGGGGGUGUAUUAGUGCCCAAGGCAUGGGUCACUUAGAUUACUACUAUUACUAUUAAUACAAUUAUAAAUACAAAACUAUUAGGGCUGUCAAAAGACAAGUUAACUUGUGAUGAAUCACAAGAAAAUACUGCAUUAAUCAUGCAUAUACACAGAUUAAUUAUGCAAAUUAUUUUGUUACCUUAACUAUGAAUGUUGGUUACCUGAGAGGCGACGCGAGUUAUUAUACAGUCAGUGGUCAGAUCCAUGCGUACACUGUCACAAAAGAUACACCAUUUCUAUGCCGAUAUUAUCGUCCGAUAAACGCUUUAAAAUGUAAUAUCGGAAAUUAUCGGUAUUGUUUUUUUUAUUAUCGUUUUUUUUUUUUAUAUAUAUAUAUAUUUUUUAAUUAAAUCAACAUAAAAAACACAAGAUACACUUACAAUUAGUGCACCAACCCAAAAAACCUCCCUCCCCCAUUCACACUCAUUCACACAAAGGGGUUGUUUCUUUCUGUUAUUAAUAUUGUGGUUCCUACAUUAUAUAUCAAUAUAUAUCAAUACAGUCUGCAAGGGAUACAGUCCGUAAGCACACAUGAUUGUGCGUGCUGCUGCUCCACUAAUAGUACUAACAUUUAACAGUUAAUUUUACUCAUUUUCAUUAAUUACUAGUUUCUAUGUAACUGUUUUUAUAUUGUUUUACUUUGUUUUUUAUUCAAGAAAAUGUUUUUAAUUUAUUUAUCUUAUUUUAUUUUAUUAUUAUUUUUAAAAAGGACCAUAUCUUCACCAUACCUGGUUGUAGAAAUUAGGCAUAAUAAUGUGUUAAUUCCACGACUGUAUAUAUCGGUAUCGGUUGAUAUCGGUAUCAGUAAUUAAGGGUUUGGUCAAUAUCGGAAUAUAGGAUAUCGACAAAAAGCCAUUAUCGGACAUCCCUAGUAUUAAGUAUAUAUUAACUAAUUCAAACUCCUUAAUAAGUUACUCAUUUAAUAUGAGUACAUUUGAAUACAAAAACAGUAAAGAAUUCCUUACGAAAAGUGGUAUGUACAAAACCCAAAACCAGUGAAGUUGUCACGUUGUGUAAAUGGUAAAUAAAAACAGAAUACAAUGAUUUGCAAAUCCUUUUCAACUUAUAUUCAAUUGAAUAGACUGCAAAGACAAGAUACUUAACGUUCUAACUGGAAAACUACAUUUUUUGCAAACAUUAGCUCAUUUGGAAUUUGAUGCCUGAACUUGUUUUAAUAAGAACCUUCCGGAUUGUUCUAGACGCAAAGUGUAAAAGGCAGCAUGUGUGAUGGUAUGGGGGUGUAUUAGUGCCCAAGACAUGGGUAACUUACACAUCUGUGAAGGCACCAUUAAUGCUGAAAGGUACAUACAGCUUUUGGAGCAAUGCUCCUGUCACAUAAAGGAUCUUUGAUUUUUCCACAUUUAAGUGCUCCCGUCAAGCAUGAUCUUUGAUUUGUGUUUUGUAACAUGUAUUUUAAAACAGCAGAGUGCUCCUGUCAAAGAAAGGAUCUUUGAUUUUUCCACAUUUAAGUGCUCCCGUCAAGCAAGAUCUUUGAUUUGUGUUUUGUAACAUGUAUUUUAAAACAGCAGAGUGCUCCUGUCAAAGAAAGGAUCUU